CCUGUUUGGAUUUUGGAUUGGCAGGCCCCGGUCCCAAUUCCCGUCCCUUGUCAUCCCGGAUCACCCAAGCCAAAGCCUCCCACCACCCGUUAACGAACCUCAACCACUACACUACACCCAAUAGCCCCUUAUCUUCCCGAACCCUCUUUUGCCUCGUGGUAGCCCAUCAUGGCAUCACAUCUCCCUCCGCCGUGCGCGGACUCUUCGUACCCACUGCCGAGAACUUCAGUCCGUGCAAGUCCCGUUGUCUGCCCCGACGCCCCCUUACAUGCUUGCCCCACGCCCCUCCUCUUUACAGACUGCGGCAUAAUCCCAUGCGGCUAGCAGUUCGAUGAGGAAUAGGCAGAUGGAUUGCAAAGGCAGGGUCGCCAAAGUCGAUGCCGGGAACUUGCUGGUUUCUCUUCCUUGUUCCCUUGGUUUGACAAAGCUCCAAGCCUUGAUUUCUGGUCAUAUCAGACCAUUCCACGGACUCGCUCAUUUCCCCUUGCUAGCUCCUUAUCGAGCUACUCGAGACUACAGAUUAAUACCGAAUACCAAUUGUACACUGACUGGUUUACGUGUCCGCUAUAUGCUCCCAUCUUCCGCAUAUUUUCUGCACGCAAAGAGGGACAAGACGCCACGCCGCUGCUGUGCCGGAACCCAUCGGACACGAGCUUCAAGUAAUCGUUCUCCGUCGAAUAAGCUUCCACGUUGGCAUACAGGACAAGAGAGGCCACGAAAACCGGUACAAGCCAGAGGCACGUGUGGACGUUUAAGCACAGUAGAACACGCCAAUAAAUCCCCGGGCCAGAUAGGUCUUGCAGCGAGGCAGCAGACCACUCACUGCGGCCCCCGUCGGUAUCCCUUCCCGUUACUUGGUUUCCUGGACACUGGUUCCACUACCCCAGCAUACCCCCCCCCCCUUCGUGGACCCUACAAAGCACUAGCAGUUUUAGCCCUGUCUUGUGGUCCUCUUCUUAGCCUGCCUUGUCUGUGGAUCCCGCGGCGGCUUGCUUCACCAGAUUGGGGCCGACCAGACGUCUAGGCUCUUGCCGGGAGAUGCACGGGACCCCCAUACAAGAUCCGAACCUUUUCCACUUACAGCCUUCUCAGCCACAAGCGCUCUGCCUGGCUUCCCAUUCGGCUUCCCACCUCGAUCUCUAUCCUUCCCUCUCUCUGUCGGUCUGAACAUCAGCUCCAACAACAUCUCU